AUGGCCUCAGCUCCAGCACAGCAGCCCACUCUGACAGUGGAGCAAACCAGAGUGGUUCUGAGUGAGGUGAUCCAGGCCUUUGCGGCGCCAGAGAACACCGUUCGGAUGGACGAGGCCCGAGAAAGUGCAUGCAACGACAUGGGCAAGAUGUUACAGCUGGUGCUUCCUGUGGCAACGCAGAUCCAACAGGAAGUGAUCAAGGCAUACGGCUUCAACAACGAGGGGGAGGGUGUUCUGAAAUUUGCCAGAUUGGUGAAGAUGUACGAGACACAGGAUCCAGAGAUUGCCGCCAUGUCAGCAAAACUCAAGUCCCUUAUGCUCCCUCCACUCUCAACCCCACCCAUAGGGGGCGCCAUCCCGGCUUCGUAG